GCAUUUGCGGAUACAUGACCCGUGGAAAGGAAGACUCGCACUCAGCGGCGUCACUGCAUCGCAACUACCAAGGUGCUGCACCAUUCUUGAUUCACAGCAUGCAUAAAUAGGGAGUUUAGGUUGGGAUUCUCUUCCAUUCUCAUAAGUCUCAAACAAACAGUAUGGAUCGAAAUCCUUCGUUCUCUCGUUCCUUCCAGUACGAGCACUUCGGGAUCAUCACCAUCUUUGCCACUACAGGUCUUCUCGCAUUGUACAUGAUCUACUUGGUCAUUUACAGGCUAUAUAUUAGUCCAAUAGCGAAGUUUCCGGGGCCCACGCUUGCUGCAGUCACUCACUGGUACGAAGCCUACUACGACCUUGUCAGCAAUGGGGGUGGACAAUGGACGUUCCAGAUCCAGCGUUUGCACGAAAAGUAUGGACCAAUUAUCCGCAUCAACCCAGAUGAGAUACAUAUCGAUGAUGUGGAGUACUAUGAUUUCGUCUACUGCAAUAGCACAUCUACUCGGCCGAUUGAUAAGAGCGAAAAGUUCCGGUAUCGUUUCAGUGUCCCAGAGGCCACCGUACAAACAGGACUGGCUGAAGUUCACCGCAGGCGUCGUGCUGCUAUCGCUCCAUGCUUCUCCAAGGCCCGCAUCAAGAGCCGCAAUAAUGAUCUGCAAGCUGUCGUCGACGGAAUUUCUAACCGUUUGACAACCGAGUUUGCAGGAACUGGCAAAUUUAUCAAUGUGAACUUCAUGUGGGGCGCCAUGGCGUCCGACAUUAUCACAGAGAUAGCAUUUGCUCGACCAACAGACUACUCAUCCGCACCUAACUUUAUAUCACCCUUUUCUCAGGCAAUAGCCGAAGCGGUUGGCGCUUCUCACGUCAUGACACAUUUUGGCAUUCUUGUUACAGCUUUGAAUUCCAUCCCGGAUUGGGCCCUUGCCAUUCUGGUGCCAUCGUUCAAGCCUGUGCUGGAUUUUCGCAAGGUAAGUCUAAGUCUAGCUCCGAUCCCAAAGGUUCUUGCCAUAACUCAGAAUGCGGCAGGACAUGGCCCAUCAAAUCCGAGAAGUUCUUGAUGGGAAGAAUUUGGCUACUAAGGAGGCGUCACAUGAAACUAUUUUCCACGAUGCUCUUUCUGCUGAUUUACUGCCCGAGGAUAUGACUCUAUCAAGAAUGAACCAAGAAUCAAUGGCAUUGCACGGCGGCGCUGUAGAGACCACGUCUUGGGCGCUCACUGUGGCUGUAUUCCAUAUAUUAGACAAACCAUCCAUCCAGGCUCGUCUUAAGGCAGAGCUUGCUAAGUCCAUGCCCGAUCCGACUAGAAUACUUACGUGGAAUGAACUUGAGGAGCUUCCUUACUUAUCAGCGGUGAUCAUGGAAGGUAUGACAAGCAGUUAAAGAAUAAGCAAGAUUAUCUCUAACAAAUUACAGCCUUGCGUCUUAGCUUCGGGUCCGUACAACGACUGCCACGCGUCAAUAGGUUAGGCACACUGCAAUAUAAGGAUUGGAAAAUACCACCGAGCACGCCCGUAGGCAUGGAUGCAUAUCAUAUGCAUAUGAACGAAAAGAUAUUUCCAGGGCCAACUGAAUUCCGACCAGACAGAUGGCUAGGGAACCCUAAAGGUCCUGGUGGUUUACGUCCAUUGUCAGCUUACAUGGUAGCAUUUAGCCGAGGGGCUCGAAAUUGCCUUGGCCUUAACUUGGCAUGGAUGGAGUUGUAUGUAGGUCUAGCGACGAUAUUUCGAAGGCAUGAUCUUCAACUGUUUGAAACGAGCCGGGAGGAUGUUGAUUUUAUCGUUGAUCUAGCAAAACCAAUGCCGAAGUGGGGAAGUAAGGGGGUUAGGAUACUUGUAAAUAAAUAACUUUGGCUCGCUUUAAGGAAUAAGGACUUUGAUAUCUCCGCUAAUGAUGAAUUAAACUUUUACCUUUCCG